AUGUACGAAGGGAUUGACAACCUGAAAUCCCUUUACGACCGUGCCGGGAAGACUUUCUCCGGCGGUCCUUCUGCGGCACAGGAUGUGCCGCGUCGUACUGCUCGACCAGACCCAGUACGUCGAUCAUCAGUUGGGAGCGGGGCUCCCAAGUAUCCCAGGACGGGGGAUAGCCGCGCCACCGGACGAGAUAACUCGUCCGACGUCCGUUCACGUCGCGGUUGUUCAACAGCUGCUCAACCAGAUAGUGCUGGCCACCGCGAGAGUCCUCUAAUGGAGGUGGAGGAGGAGGAAAGACGCUUUCCACACGAUCAUGGGGAUCCGUGUGUUCCCGAGAGCUUCUUUGAUCGCGUAACGUAA